AUGAGCAACCCCCAGGCCCCUCCCCAAACUGGAGCCUCAGAGCUCGAGGUGAUCUCCCAGCAGGUGGAGGAGGACAACCAGUGCGUGGCCCCUGUCCAGUUGGUCAGCUUCGCCUACAGAGACUUGCCUUUGGCCGCCCUUGAUAUAUCCCUUGCUGGAUCUCAGCUCAUCUCAAACCCAGAUGAAGAGGACAACAGAGAGGGGUCUAACUGGCUGAAGCCGUGCUGUGGGCGAAGGGCAGCGCUAUGGCAGGUCUGUCUGUUGUCGGCGGGCUUCAACUGUUUCUUGGUGGCCUGUGUCAUCCUGGUGGUGCUGCUGCUGACGCUGGAGCUGCUUGUAGACACCAAGCUGUUGCAGUUUAAUAAUGCAUUCCAGUUUGCCAGCAUCAUCCACUGGAUCAGCCUGGCUAUCCUCUCUGUGUUCUUCACUGAGACGGUGUUCAGGAUUGUGGUGUUGGGAAUAUGGGAUUACAUAGAGAACAAAGUAGAGGUGUUUGAUGGAGCUGUCAUUGUCCUCUCUCUGGCCCCCAUGGUGGCCUCCACAGUGGCCAACGGCCCCAGCAGCCCCUGGGACGCUAUCGGUCUCAUCAUCACACUGCGCAUCUGGAGGGUCAAGAGGAUCAUUGAUGCCUACGUGCUGCAGGUGAAGGUGGAGAUGGAGUUGGAAAUCCAGCAGUAUGAGAAGGCCAAGGCAGUGAGAGAGGAACAGCUUGACCGUCUCACCCAGAUCUGCCAAGAACAAGCAUUUGAAAUCAGGCAGCUGAGGGCCCAUCUGGCCCAGCAGGACCUCGAUCUGGUAGCAGAACGUGAAGCAGCCAUGCAGAUCCACCAUAUGUGGGGUAAACAAAGCAGCAGUUUCCAUGAGGUGGAUGGACUGGCCACUGGAGCCUCCGAGCAUCACGGGCAAGCUAAAACUAGGGAGCCCGGGGGGCCCGCAGAUCAUCAUGGUCAAGAUGACAUGAACAACUACAUAAGCCAGUACUAUAGUGAGCCAAGCAGCGGUGAGUAUCAACAAGAUCCUGCUUCACUUUACAUGGGGAUCCCAGACCCUGCUGCACGUGUCAUCACCACAGCAGCCAUAGAUGUGCACCUGCCUAAGAACCCCAGCCAGCUUCCCUCUUCUCUGGUGAGUGCUGACGCUGUGUCGUCUAGCCGUCUGCAGCGCACUGGCAGUUCGGUCAGCGAAGCCUCCACAACCACAGUGUCCCGCACCAGCUUCAGUGCCCGCCAGCACAGCAUCAGCAGCCACACGCUGGGCUCAACCACAGACUGCAGCUCAACUGUACGUGAGGCCUCCACCUCCACAGACUACAGCGACCAGCGCUGCUACCCACCGCCCUACAGCAGCCCCCUGGCCCUGGGCACUCAGCCAAGAGGGAGUCCCAGUGCUGUGGUGCAGGAGCUGCUCUUUUCUCUGACUGAGGACUCUUGUCUUACACAGAAGGGCCUGGACCCUGUCAACCUCAAACCUCCCAGCCCAACAGGUUCCACUAAAACUAGUCCUGAGCUGGAGCACAGGCUGAACAUCUACAACAAGAGGAACCAGGAGAGUCGAGUUGGGUUGCAUGCCAAACCCCUCAUCCAUCUGCAGGGCAAUGAGCCUCUUCUAGAGGAGAAGUAUAGGAUGAUGGAGCCAGUAGACGCCCCAGUCAACCGUCUGUCAGAGACAUAA